GCUAUUUAACAGGUUACCUGGCGGGCUCUAGUCAGCCCGGGAUGCGGUAUGGGGUUGGUCUGCACCGAAUUAUACGAUUCGGGGCCCCCUUGUGGAGAUCGAAGAUAUUGCCAGAUUGUGGUUGCAGUCAAUCCCUGCACUGUACAAAAGUGGUGAUGGCAGAUGAUAAGCGACCACAGUUUGGAAACAGGACACUCAAAGAUGCUGAUGAUGUCUUCAAACAUAAUGCUUGGGAUAAUGUGGAAUGGGAUGAAGAACAGCAAGAAGAGGCCCAGAGAAAGAUUGAUGAAAAUGCCAGUGUGAAGGCUGAACCAGACAAGGUACAGCAGCUGGUCGAAUCUCCGAAUGUCUUCUGGGAUGCAUUCUACGACCAGCACGAUAACAAGUUCUUUAAGGACCGAAAUUGGCUGUUUACCGAGUUCCCUGAGCUCGGCGAGAAGAACAGUUCCGAAGACUCAGCACCUCAGAAGUCGGGGGCACCGUACCCGGGCUGUGACGCCCUGCGGCGCGUCUGGGAGGUGGGCUGCGGCGUCGGCAACACCAUCUUCCCGCUGCUGGAGACCAACGCGGACCGCCGCCUGUUCGUCUACGGCAGCGACUUCUCCGAGUCGGCCGUGCGCAUUGUGCGGCAGGCGCCGCAAUUCGACCCGGACCGGUGUCACGCGUUCGUGAUGGACGUCACCGAUGAGGCGGCCUCAGUGCCGUUCCCCGAGGCCAGUCUGGACAUCAUCGUGCUGAUCUUCGUGCUGUCGGCGUUGCACCCGUCUCAUCACGAGUUGGUCGCUAGGCGGCUGGCGCGCUACCUGCGGCCGGGAGGCACGAUCCUACUCCGCGACUACGGUCGCUAUGACAUGGCACAACUGCGCUUCAAGCCAGGCCGCUGCCUGCAGGACAACCUGUACGCCCGCGGCGACGGCACCCUGGUCUACUUCUUCACACAAGGUGAGCGCGUGAAGCAGGUAAGAACUUUUGAGGCAAACCUGAUAAUGGUCAAUAUGGCAAUGCCGGGCCCGGUAUGUAAUAGCGUGAAAGAUCAAGUCGUAAGCUGUUGCCGCGGAUGCUGCAGUUGUUUACUGAGUCCAGGAUCGACUCGUGUUCCUCGACUCGGAGCCGUGCCGUUCACGCGGAGUGAAGUUUAGAGCCGUCCUGACCCUGUCGCGCGCUGGUGACCGGUCCUCUCUCGGUCUUCCCUCCGCCAGAGGAGCUGCGGGGACUGUUCCUCGGCGCCGGCCUAGAGGAGGUGCAGAACCACGUGGACCGGCGCCUGCAGGUCAACAGGGGCCGCCAGCUCAAGAUGUAUCGCGUCUGGAACCAGUGCAAAUACCGCAAGCC